AUGGCCACCAUCAAGGCCAUCGAGCAACGCUCCGUCCACCAAAUCCAAUCCGGCCAGGUCAUUGUAGACCUCAACUCGGUCGUCAAGGAGCUCGUCGAGAAUUCUCUAGAUGCCGGUGCCACAUCCAUCGAAAUUCGUUUCAAGAACCAAGGACUUGAUUCGAUUGAAGUCCAGGACAAUGGCAAGGGCAUCGCGCCGGACGAUUACGAUACAGUCGCCUUGAAGCAUCAUACUUCCAAGCUAUCAACAUAUGAGGACCUCACAUCACUGGACACUUUCGGCUUCCGAGGCGAAGCCUUGUCGUCACUCUGCGCUCUGUCGAGGUUUCGUGUCCUGACGGCUCGCGCGGAAGAUGGAGCGAUCGGGAAGCUCCUCGAGUUCGAGGUGUCGGGCCGGCUGAAAGGCACUUCAGUCACUGCUGCGCAAAGAGGGACUACCGUCUUCGUCGAGGACAUUUUCCACAAUCUGCCGGUCCGCCGCAAAGAACUGGAGAAGAAUGUGAAGCGAGACUACACCAAAGCCAUCACUUUGUUGUAUGCUUAUGCCUGCAUCAGCGUGGGAGUACGCUUCACGGUCAGCAACUUGAUGCCAAAGGGUAAGAAAGUCAUUGUCUUCUCCACGAAGUCCAACACAACUACAAAGGAGAACAUCACAAAUGUGUUCGGGACGAAGACCCUACUUGCGCUUAUCAGACUGGAUCUACGCCUGGAAAUGGAGCCGAGAAACGGUCCCAGCACGCAAGGUGCCCGCAACUGGUCCACACAAGCCGCCGAUCGUGCCAUGGAGGUACGUGUGGAAGGGCACAUCUCUAGACCAGUCUUCGGAGAAGGUCGGCAAGCACCCGAUCGACAAAUGUUCUUCGUCAACUCUCGUCCUUGCGGACUACCGCAGGUAGCCAAGGCGUUCAACGAGGUAUACAAGUCUUUCAACGUCUCCCAAUCUCCUUUUGUGUUCGCCAAUUUGAUCAUGGACACGAAUGCGUACGAUGUCAAUGUUUCACCAGACAAGCGGACCAUCAUGCUGCACGAUCAGACUGCCCUGCUCGAAAGUCUGAAGGCGAGUCUUGCAGGUCUCUUCGAGAACACCGAUCACACUGUGCCGCAAUCAACUCUGCCCGCGCGCAAGCUCCCGGCCUAUCAGCCACUAACAGUGAGUGGACCCACGGCGGCGAGAAAAGCCUCGACUGGUGCCCUCAGCGAUGAUGAGGAGGAGAGCGCAGACGAAGCCGAAAAUCCAAAGCCUCUUCAAGCACCUCACGCAGCACGAUCGACAUCUCCGUCAAAUCUCAUUCACGAUUGGGUAGGAAGAGACUGCGAACCACGCAAAGAGUUGGGGGCGCCUCGACGCGUAAAUACAGCACCCAGCUUAGAUGUGGCUCCAGCAGGCGAUGUGCCGCCAGCUCGGAGAACGGCGCUUGGUCUGACGCUCGACGCUCCAUCAAAUGCCUCCAGCGCCGGCAACGAACAAGCGCAAGCCGGCGAGCGUGCUGCACCAGAAGCCCCCCAGGAACAGGAAGCCGCACCUGAGCCGGCACAAUCAGACGAAGAAAUGGAAGUCGAGGAUAAGAUUCAAGAUGCUCCAAGUCUGCCGUCGACAUUGAAAAAGACGGCACCUGGAGUUGUCCAGAAUGCCUUCGAUCGGAUGCGACCCAAUCGCACUCCAUUGCAGAGCGCGGACAUCAUCGUCGGCGACACCAAAACCACGACCCUUAUCGGUAACAGCCCGCCGUACAAGAAGCGACGGAUUCACAAGGUUGAGAACUCUCAAGCAGUCGCAAAAUUCGGUGCUAGUCCGCUUCUCGCAAUGGGGCUGCGAAGAAACUUCGCUGCGCCUGGCUCUCAGCUUCAUCUGGAAAGCAGUGCACCGUCUGCUGAUGGCACCGACAACGAGACUGAUGACGAUGCAUCAGACGCUGAUGAAGACGGAACAGAGAUAAGCGUUCAUGCGAAAACUCCGACUGUUGAGGUGAAUGCAACCGAGCAGAGCCCUUCCUCUGACCCUUUGGAUGACCUUGCCCCUGCACCCGCUAACGACGACGAAUGGGACGAGACAUAUGUCGAUGAAGCCGAGGAGAGAGUGAAGCAAGACGCGAAGAUUGCUCGGCUCAUCCAUGAGGCUGAGAUUGCAGCUGCAUCUCCUACUGAAGAGAACCUUAGGCGGGCCACUCAGAUGAUGAAGAACAGCGGCAAUCGCAAGGACUCAACGUUACGUCUUACGCAGACUGUCAAGACCUCCUCGGCGACCAUUGCGAAAGACAUUCGCCGUCUGAAUGCGCAUCGAGAACAUGGCUCAAAUACUGGCAACGCGGAUGCCACACUGAAAAACGCCAUCGUGAAAGAUGGACUUAACGAUGUCGAAGCUGAGGAUCGGCUGUCAUUGACCGUUUCCAAGAGCGACUUUGCGCGAAUGAGAAUUGUGGGGCAGUUCAACCUGGGCUUUGUUCUCGCCUUGAGAUCCGGAGGAGGUGACCGAGAGGAAGACGAUCUUUUCAUCAUCGACCAACACGCUGCCGACGAGAAGUACAAUUACGAGCGCUUGCAGCGGACAGUCACUUUGCAGAGUCAACGUCUCGUCCGGCCCAAGGUUCUCGAACUGACCGCUGUCGAACAAGAGAUCAUCAUCAACCACAGCGAUGCUCUGAAAGCAAAUGGAUUCGAUAUUGAAAGCUCAUCCCACCUCGACGAGGAGGGCGAUGAAGUCGGAACUCGCGAGUGCCGACUGCUGACCCUUCCCAUGAGCAAAGAAAAGACAUUUGACCUCUCCGACCUGGAGGAACUCCUCCAUCUGCUCUCCGAAGCUCCAACAAAUAGCGCCGAGAUACCUCGACCGAAGAAGGUACAGAAGAUGCUCGCCAUGCGUGCUUGUCGAAGCAGCAUCAUGGUGGGUAGGACGCUCACCGAGGCUCAGAUGAGAAAGGUCGUCGUUCACAUGGGCGAGAUGGAGAAGCCUUGGAAUUGUCCGCAUGGACGUCCAACGAUGAGGCAUCUUGCAGGUCUAGGCGCGGUAAAUGGAUGGCAAGAGGGUGAUCCCAUGGGCGAUGACGAUGAUAUCAAGCAUGAGAUGAAUGCUACGCAAGUUGCUUCGACCGACUGGGCGGCAUGGCUCAAGGCGAGGACGUGA